UCCCGUCUGCUAGUCCCACUUUUGUUUUUUAUUUUUCAAAGAUGGCUCGCUAGCUUUAACUGUCAAACAAAAUAAAUCACUAUUCCUGUGGUGCUAUUUUAAAGCUACAGAGAAAAGGUUUCAGAGUUGGAUCAACUGGAAAAUCACCUCGAAACAACCAAUGACAAGAGCAAACAAUCCCGAGAAAUGUCAAAAGCAAAUUUUGAGAUGCAAUUCUUGGAGCAUGAGCUGCAUGACUGUCCUGAAGAAGAGAAAGAAAAUGAAGUUCGGCAGGAACUACAUGUUCUUGAUAAAGGAGAUAAUCUAUCAAACUCAAACGUGUUUCAGAAUCUCAAGAACAAACUAUCUGUUGUGACAAAAGAAAAGGACAAAUUGAGGAUUGAGAUGGAAGAUCAACAGAAGAAAAUGGAAAUUCUCCAAAAGAAUUGCCAGGAUGAGUUAUCGAAGGAAAAGGUCCAUGUUGAGGAACUGAGUCGGAAACUAUCCUCUAUGGAAGUCAAAAAGCAUGCGGAUGACGUAAUGAUGGCUAAGCUGAAAAUGAGACUCCACGGAACACAAGCAAAGCUAGAUACUAUUCGAUAUAGAUAUACGGAAGCAAGCGAUGAAUUAGUUAUAACACAUAAGAAGUAUAAAGACCAGUUGGCUGCAAAAGGAAUAGAAGUGUUUAACCUAAUGAAACAGCUUGCUGCUGUCAAAGGGCAAUAGGAAAUUUGUAUGCUAAAAGAUGUAAUCUCGCAUCUUCAUUCGUUUAUGAAAUACAGGUGAUUAAGCCCAUCACUCCAAGUGGCCUCAGUAAUCUGUAAUCUGAUGUCAAUAGUGAAAUCUUGAUUGACACAUGCUGCAAUUUCAUACAAUUCCUCAGAAAUUAACAACUAACCUCGAAUUUCCUGCACAAUUACACAAGCCCCUAAUCGUUGUUAUUAUAUCACGAAACACAGUAAGUGACAAUAUGUUCUACUUUCUCUCUUGAGCACUACAAAACACAGCAACACUCGGAGGGUUGGCAAUUGAA